AUGGGCUUGGUACAGCGGUCAGGCAAGCAGGGCUCCCUUGCACUCUUCAAGAGCAAAGACGACAGAGUACGCAGGCGUCCGGCGGAGCACAUGCAUCAGGUACACGAGCCAGGAGCCAGGAGCUGGAUCUCGACGGUGCCCCACAGACACAGUCCACGCCCACGCCCACAACCCACGGUCCAGGCCACGCCUCCACCCACGCCCACAACCCACGGUCCAGGCCACGCCUCCACCCACGCCCACAACCCACGGUCCAGGCCACGCCUCCACCCACGCCCACAACCCACGGUCCAGGCCACGCCUCCACCCACGCCCACAACCCACGGUCCAGGCCACGCCUCCACCCACGCCCACAACCCACGGUCCAGGCCACGCCUCGGUGCCACGCCUCCACCCACGCCCACAACCCACGGUCCAGGCCACGCCUCCACCCACGCCCACAACCCAUGUCUGCCCCUCUGCCACGACCAGUAA